UCUUUUUUCCAAGAAUGAUCGAGUCAAAUCAUACACGUAAACAAGACCUAGGAAAUGUGAAAUCUAUGGAAAUGAAAAUGAUGCUGAAGGUUUGUUGUUGCUGAGUAUGCCGUUUGCACAACAGGUUUUGUGUGCCUAACCAUUAAAUUUUUGCAAAAGUAUUGUAAACUUCCUCCUAUUUUGAUAAAGAUAGAGCUCAGAACUCGCAAUGAGGAAGAAAGAAAAGUUAAUAUUAUAUUUGAUUGCCAUUGCAUUUUUUAUGAUUUGCUUGGGCGCGUUCCUUCAUUUGCCCCAACAAGGAAGUGAUGAUAGUCUGAUAAGAAUAGCCUAUGAAAGGUUUCUUGGAAAUCGUCCUGGACCUAUUAAACCUCCGAAAACUCCACAAGAAGCACGAAUAUUAGUCGACGAAAAUUUAGUUGAAGUUAAAGUGCAAGAAAAUUCGGAAAGACAAAUUGCGCAUGAAUUUAAUCCUGAUCUUACAAAUGAACAACAAAAAAAGAUAAAAGAUGAAAUCAAAAGAGAAAAAGAAGCUUUUGUUAAACAACAGAAAGAAAAAGAAGAAGAAAUUCAAAAGGAGCGUAAACAGAAACUUCUUGCUAUGACCGUACCUCCAGAGCAUGGUGUGAAAGUUGGUGGUGAACCAAAAGAUGCUGAAGUGAAGAAAAAAAGAGAUUUCGUUAAAAAGAUGAUGAAAACUGCUUGGGAUGGCUAUGCGCGUCAUGCUAUGGGUGCGAACGAACUUAAGCCGAUCGCCAAGUCUGGUCAUUCUGCAGGUAUAUUUGGAUCAUCUUCAAUGGGAGCUACUGUGAUUGAUGCGUUGGACACUUUAUAUAUAAUGGGUUUAAAUGAUGAGUUCAAACAAGCAAGAGACUGGGUAGCAGAGCAUUUAAAUUUUGGAGUUAAUACAUUUGUAUCUGUGUUUGAGAUGAACAUCCGAUUUGUUGGUGGACUACUUUCAGCUUAUGCUCUCACAAAAGACGAGGUCUUCAAAAUUAAAGCAAGGGAGAUUGUCGACAAACUUAUUCCGGCAUGCAACACACCUUCAGGUAUACCAUGGGCCAUGGUUAACCUUCAGAGUGGGGUUGGAAUGAAUUACAAUUGGGCGUCAGGCGGCAGUUCAAUUUUGGCUGAGUUCGGCAGUCUACAUUUAGAAUGGAUGUAUUUAUCCAGAAUAACUGGUGAUAUGAAGUACGCUAACAAGGUAAAUAAAAUUCGAGAAGUUUUAAACACUGCGCCAAAGGCCGAUGGCUUGUAUCCUAACUACAUAAACCCAAGGUCAGGAACAUGGGGACAAAAACAUGUGUCCCUUGGUGCAUUGGGUGACAGUUUUUAUGAGUAUUUGAUCAAAUCAUGGAUAAUGAGUGGAAAGACGGAUAACCUCGCUCGAAAGAUGUAUGAUGACGCAAUGAAGGCGAUCGAACCUGCUCUCAUUCGCAAAUCACCAGGUGGCUUCACUUAUCUUGGAGUGUACAACUAUGGAUCCGUAGAAUCUAAAAUGGAACAUUUGGCGUGUUUUGCUGGUGGAAUGUUUGCUCUUAGCGCAGAAGGUGCACCCGCUGAUAGGAAAGACAGAUACAUGGAGUUAGGAAAAGAAGUUGCACGCACGUGUCGUGAAUCUUACAGAGUUACAGCCACUGGUAUUGGACCAGAAUCAUUCCGCUUUGAAGGAGCUAUGGAAGCCAAAGCAUUGCGUCACAGCGAGAAGUAUUAUAUUCUUCGACCAGAAGUUGUAGAAACGUACUUUGUUAUGUGGAGGAUAACACACGAUCAGAAGUACAGAGAUUGGGCAUGGGAAGCUGCUCAGAAUAUUGAAAAGCAUUGUCGCGUUGGUGUCGGGUAUAGCGGAAUUCGCGACGUCGAUCAAGUGCCGGUAAACCACGAUGACGUGCAGCAAAGUUUCUUUUUAGCAGAGACAUUGAAAUAUUUAUACUUGAUAUUUUCCGACGACAAUUUAAUUCGUCUGGAUGAAUGGGUAUUCAAUACUGAAGCACAUCCUCUUCCUGUGAAGCAUGCCAGCAGGUAACCUAAUGGCAUCUAGGAGAUUAUUUCGUCAUCAUAUAUAGAGAGCCUCACUCCGAUACGUUGCAACAUCCAACAUUAACAGAACACCGACCGAUAUGUUAUCAUGAAAAUAUGGAUAUUUACCGCGCAUGAGUUAACGCUAAAUCAAAAAUGGCGGAGGUUAACAAAUGCUAUAUGUUAUAGUCAGUUGACGUGAACUGAAUAUGAAUGCUACCAUAUUUUUUUUACACAACUAUUGCCAUAUAAUCUUUUUUUACUUUUUUAUUUGUAAGCAGGCCACAAAAAAAAAUUAAAUUUGUUAUCCGAUUGAUUUAAGAGGUUACAGUUGAAAAAAAUCUCCACCGAACACAAGAAAUUGUAUCAUGUUACCGUUGAACGCAAUUUUCGAUCGCAUAAAUAAAUCUUUCUUCUAUAUUUUUAUUCCUAAUAAGGUUACACAAAUUUUACAUUCUCUAAAAUACACGUCGUGUUGUCCGCCCUGGGUAGACAAAUGAUAUAAUGUGUUGAAUAAAGUUCGAACACCACAUUAAAAUGUGCCAUAGUAUAAAAUAUAUUUCAAAAUGGUAGCACGUUUUAAUUUAGACAAGUAAACGAAUAUGUAGGCAGCUAGAUUUUUGUUUUAGUUUAUAAUUUCUUAAAUAUUUAAUAAUGUAGGUUAAUCCUUUAUUUUUCCAAUAGGACACUGUGGUUGCGUAUGUGUUUUUAUAAGAUGUUUAUGAUUACAUUGUAAAAUAAAAUUUGAUUCUGAUAAAAUUUCUCUAUCAAUACAAUAAGCUUUUUUUAGAA